AUGCGCAUACCGUGGCUUGCAGACUGCAAUAGAAGCAAAUCAAAACCAUCUAACGAGAAACAAGAAGCUUCUCCUCCCACUCCUUCUCUCUUCCACCCCAUUCCACAGGCUGCUAGGGUGAGUCCGCUCAUUCUGGCAGCCUGGAAUGUUCGUACCGCUUUAGACAACCCGAGGAGCAACCGACCGGGACGGAGGACAGGGUUAGUGACUCGGGAACUGGCGCGCUACAAGGUGGGCAUCGCUGCACUCAUUGAGACCCGCUUUUCUCAACAAGGCCAACUGGAGGAGGUGGGUAGGUGGGUGCCGGUUAUACCUUCUUCAGGAGCGACCGCCCGUAUGCAGAGCGACGAGACGUCAGCAUCACCUUUGCCAUCCGGAAUGACAUCGUGGGACGACUGCCCUGUCUGUCACAGAGCAUCAACGAUCGUCUGAUGGACCUCGGCCUUCCUCUCCGGCGUGACAAAUUCGUCACCAUCAUCAGCGCCUACGCCCCAACAAUGACCAGCUCAGACGAGAUGGAGACAAAGUUCUACGAGGACCUGCACGUACUCCUGAUGUCUAUGCCAAAGGCGUAUAAGCUGAUUGUCCUUGGUGACUUCGUUGCUCGCGUUGUGACAGACUGUGCCGUCUUGUGA